AUGACCAGACACGACAUUCCAGCCGCACUAGCAGACUGGACACAAAACAUGCUAACAGGAAGAAUCCUGAUUGCUAAUCAUGGGGACUCAAACGUGCAUGGUUUUUCCACCAAAGAAUGCCCGCAGGGGGAAAUUUUAUCCCCCCUGCUGUGGUGCUUGGUCGUGAACGAACUUUUAUAUAAAUUACAGAAGACAGGUUUUCUCGCCUUUGGCUACGCUGAUGUGGCCAUUAUAGUGCGAAGCAACUUUCUUCCAAUACUUAAAGAGACUAUGGGAAAAGCUCUUAAGAUCACGCAAGAUUGGUGUCAAUUAAAAAGACUUAGGGCUAAUCUAUCAAAGAUCAAGGCCAUGAUUUUCACCAGGAAAUACAAACCUGAAGCCAUUGAGCCGCUUAGACUCUGCCGGGAAGAUAUAGAAUACGUCCAGUCAGUGAAAUAUUUGGGAGUCCACUUAGACACCAAACUGAAUUGGAAAACACAUCUCGAUAUAAAGAAAUCCAAAUUCUACGCCUCAUACUGGGCGUGUAGAAGAGCAAUGGGAAAAUCCUGGGGUAUUAAAUUAAAUACUGCCCUAUGGAUAUACAAAACGGUAUUAGUACCGAGGUUACCGUAUGCUGUUGUUUGGUGGCCCAGAGUGGAAAAGAUGGAGUCAAAGAACCUACUAAAAAGCCUAUACAAGCAAGACAGAAUAUCCAAAGUACGCCAAGUGGACAAGGCGGUCUCCAUAAACUUGACUACCAAAGCAGACUGGAAAAACAGAAAUCUUCUGAACCAGCCUAGCACUCAUGCAUGGUUCACUGAUGGAUCUGGAGCAAACGGCUGCUAUGGAGCAGGCAUAUACUGUCCAGGAUCAAAUCACAGAAAGGUUUUCUCUCUGGGUAAACUGGCCACGGUCUUUCAAGCGGAAGUCCUGGCCAUUCUGGAAUGUGCAAGACUCCUACUCUCAAGAGAGACAAAAACUAGGAGGAUCAAUAUCUAUACGAAUAGCAAAGCAGCCAUAGGAGCUCUUGCCAAAACCACCACUGAAUCUUUAGUGGUUUGGGACUGUAUGCAAGCUCUAAACGGAUUGGGCGAGCGAAACAACAUCACGCUUGUCUGGGUACCUGGCUACCAAGGUAUCCAAGGCAAUGAAGUGGCUGAUAGUCUGGCAAAACUAUGUAUCUUAGAGGAACCAGUCUGCCAGAUAGUUGGAGUUCCCUUUGCAACAGGGAAAAACCAUAUCAAGGACUAG